UCUCUCCCUCCCUCUCUCUCUGCAUUGCAGCCUGAAGCGCUGCUGCCGGAAUCCAACACAACAAUGGCGACUCCCAGUCCGGACAGUAACUCCAACAGCAGCAGCAGCAGCUCCAGCUCCGGCUGCAUCGUCGGACCCACGUCGCACCAGUUCCACCAGCAGACGCAGAGCAGCAGCAUGCAGGAAACCAACACCUGCUGGAGAUGUCAGAAUGAAACAGCUGGUCGAAGCCACAGUGUCGUCUGGUGCAUGUUGUGUGGAUCUGGAUCUGUUUCUGUCUUCACUCUGUCAGGGAAACGCAAAGCGCUGAAGUUGAACUUUGCCAACCCGCCAGUAAAACCCACCUCCAGGCUGCCGCUCCAUCCAACGCCCCCCUCCUUCCAAAACCCUCACAUAGAGCGGCUGCGGACGCACAGUAUCGAGUCGUCGGGGAAACUGAAAAUCUCCCCCGAGCAGCAUUGCGACUUCACCGCCGAAGACCUGAGAGACCUCGGCGAGAUCGGCCGCGGAGCGUACGGCUCCGUCAACAAGAUGGUCCACAAACCCACGGGCCAGAUCAUGGCUGUCAAGAGGAUUCGCUCGACCGUGGACGAGAAGGAGCAGAAGCAGCUGCUGAUGGAUCUGGACGUGGUGAUGAGGAGCAGCGACUGUCCGUACAUCGUCCAGUUCUACGGCGCUCUGUUCAGAGAGGGGGACUGUUGGAUUUGUAUGGAACUCAUGGCUACCUCAUUAGACAAAUUCUACAAAUAUGUUUAUAGUUCACUAGACGACGUCAUUCCAGAGGAAAUAUUAGGCAAAAUAACAUUAGCUACGGUUAAAGCACUGAACCACUUAAAAGAAAACUUGAAAAUAAUUCACAGAGACAUCAAACCUUCCAACAUUCUCAUGGACCGAAAGGGAAACAUCAAGCUAUGCGACUUUGGCAUCAGCGGUCAGUUGGUCGACUCCAUAGCAAAGACCAGAGACGCAGGCUGCCGGCCGUACAUGGCGCCGGAGAGGAUAGACCCCAGCGCUUCCAGACAGGGCUACGAUGUCCGGUCUGAUGUUUGGAGCCUGGGAAUCACUUUGUACGAGUUGGCCACGGGCAGAUUUCCUUACCCCAAGUGGAACAGUGUUUUCGAUCAGCUCACACAGGUGGUGAAAGGAGAACCACCUCAGCUCAGCAACUCGGAGGAGAGACAGUUCUCUCCCAAGUUCACCAACUUCGUUAAUCUAUGCCUUACAAAGGAUGAAUCAAAAAGGCCAAAGUACAGAGAGCUUCUGAAACGUCCGUUCAUCAUGAUGUACGAGGAGCGCUUCGUUGACGUCGCCAACUACGUGUGUCGCAUCCUGGACAUGAUCCCCACCUCGCCCAUCUCGCCCAUGUACGUGGACUGACCCGAGCGAGUCCCGGUCUCCUUGGCGUUGUGUCGUCGUCGUCGUCACGUAGUAUCAUCGUCUGUUUUAUUCACACGUUCCAAAGAUUUUAACUAAAGAGGAACUUUUAAAAGUCCAAAAUUGCCCGGUGCAAUACGUCGAGUCGUUAAAAAACAAAGGUUCAACUCGUUAACGUGUAAAUGAGUGUUUUUCUUUUUGUUUAUUUUUCUUUACAUUUCCCCCGAUAUGCAAACCUGUGUUUGAGUUUGUCUCGACGCGUGUUCAAGGACAAACUCUCACAGCCGCCGCUCGCUCUCGCCGUGUUCCACUCUCGUGUGUUAUGGUGACGUUUGUGUUCAAAAAAGGUUGAAGCGUUAAAAAGGUAAACGUAAAGAUAACUUGCAAAAAGGCCAUUUAACAACACACAAAAAAUAUUUGAUACCCUACAAUAGCUGCUGAAAACCAGAGGACACAAAAUGUCCACACACCACCUGAAGCAUAGCGUUACCUUUGUCGGUGUCUCUAGCGCAGGGGUCACCAACCUUUUUGAGACCGAGAGCUACCUGAAGGUUAGAGAAUA